AUGCUUCUCUAUGGCACACUUAUUCCAGCUAUUUUUUUAUAAAUUCAAAAUUAAUAAAUUUUGUUUAAAUAACCACCUGAUCAACUUUUGAUUAUCUAUAAAUCAAUACAAAUAAAGAACCUAUUCUUGAAAGAUUGUUAAAAUUCUUUAGCAAAAGUUAAGCAUUAUUAUAUUAGCAUAUUAUUAUGA